UUUGUCUUUAGAUUGGGCAGCAAACUUUUAGGUUAGGAAAAAAGAAGAGCAUCUCCCUCUUGUCAUCUGCCCAAAAAUGAACAACACAAAAACCAGCAAAAACCCCAGAAUCAAUCUCAAGAACCUUCCUCCUCUAAAUCCUUCAAUCCUCUCCCCACCCUAUCUGGAUAAGUAUGAGAAUCCCAGUUCCGGAAAUCACCCUAUCGUCGCUAAUCCAAGCUCCCAACAAGAUUCGAAGCUUGUAGAAUUCGAUCCCAAAACUGAUUUUGCUGACGGAAAUUCAAACAACACCAAGGAGUUCAACCUCGACAAGGUGAUUGAGAUUCGCCAUAGUAAUUUGGUUGUUGAAGAUGCUCCAAGAAGGGCUGCAGCCAAAUCACAGUUGCAUGAGAUAUGCGCUGCAAACAAUUGGAAACAUCCAUUGUAUGAAUGUUGCAAGGAGGAAGGCCCUUGCCACAUGAAAUUAUUCACUUUCAAAGUGGUUGUUGAGAUGCAAGAAGAAUCAUCGACGACAAUUUUGGAGUGCUUUAGUGAUCCUCGACCAAAUAAGAAAAUGGCGGCCGAUCGUGCAGCUGAGGGUGCGUUGUGGUAUUUGAGACAUGUUAACAAGCUUGCAAAAGCCUCGUGAUUCAUUGGAACACCAUAAGCAAACGCGCAAUUGGUUGUUUGUUUCUUUUUCUAACAUAAGGUAACUAUAGACAGAUCAUUUUUAACUUAACACACCUAAUUCAUGAUGAUAAUCGAUGAUUUUAGAUAUCUCUGGCGUUUCUUCUCUUGUAAUGACAAAUAGAAUGUCUUUGUCACGUUUCAAAACUCGGAAGAAUUGAUGAAAUUUUGUA